AUAGGGUUACUUACAAGUGCUGUCAAUUGUUGGAGGUCCUGUAGAUACGACAGAUUCUAAAACUCUUGCCUUACCUGUAGAUGAUAAAGGUGUAUACCCCUUUAAACUACAGAGAUUACUUGCCCUUGAUGUUGAUAGUCAAGAUUUUGUGUUCCAACAAGGUGCUCUGGCAGAAGAAGGGGCACAAGAUGAUGUGGGGCUGGCCCCAGAAAAAGCUGCUUUCUUCCCUUCUUUGUCAUUCCUAGGCACUCAGAAUGAUAUGAUGGUAUGUUUGGAAAAUGGUGACAUUUUAAAAUGUAACAUACAAAAUGCCCUGAAACCUGCCAAUGUAGAUGAGGAGGAUAGUUCAACUGAAGCACCUAGGAUCUAUAAACCCUCUCUUGUCAUAGAGGAUGAGGCAGCUAACAUAAAUACGAUUGGUAAGAAUGUAGAAGCGGAAUUGUUACGUGGACAUAAGAGGAGUAUUGUAUUUAUAGGAUUUGUCCAGUAUCUAAAUGCAUUAAUCACUGUAGAUGAUAAAGGAUUCAUCAAUAAAUGGAAAUAUGCAAGUAAAUACAAGUCAUCAUAUGGUUGGUUCAUUCCUUCAAGAAAGUAUAAAUUAGAAACUUCCAAGAUUAUGUAUAAAGUCUCAGGAAAUGAUAAACCAAAGGUUGUGUUCACAGAUCAGACUGCUGAAGGGAAGAAACCAAGAACCAGACAGGAGAUAGCCGCACAAAGACGUAGAGUUCAGAACACAAUAGACAAUAUGCAGCUUGGAGACCCCUGGCAUGAAGAGUAUAUAGAAGAAGAUGAAGUUAAUUUGCAAAUAUUUGCUCCACGAGGGGUUAUAGCAGAGACAGGGGCAAUGUUUCAUCUUGUAUAUAAACAUGAGGAAACAGACCAGCUGUCCACGUACAUCACAAGGUUAUAUAAACCUGUCAAAGUGAGAUGUUCAAGAAUUGUAAGUGUUGCUGGUUCCCCUACUAGCACAGAACUAAUUGUAAUGUUGCUAUUUGGACCUUAUCCUCCUAAAGGACCACAUGUUACAAUUUUCAUCAUUGACCUUGUGAAGAUGGAAUUACGAGACUUUCGUAAAGAUAUCGAUCUAUCCAUGCCAGAAUUCAAUCUGAUGUCAACCAAAACCAUUGUAUCUUUUGAUAUCUCCAGAUACUUUGGACCUACUGGCACAGAGUACAUGUUUAUUAUAUUUAAUGGUGUCUUACGAUGUUUAUCCUUGACUACUGGCCAACCUGUUGUGAAAGUAGGUCAGGUGAAAUCCCACUUCGCCAACAAUGAUGAUGAUGAUGAUGAAGAUGAAGAUGAUGAGGACGAGAAAGAUCCAGAGUUCAAAGGUUGUGUUGUGGAUGAGACAUUACUUCAAGCCCCUCCUGACUCCCAGUGUACUGUCGUCUGCUUUGAGGGAACUAUUCAUUGUGUUGUUUAUGCUAGAAAACUGGGCAAGAUGUUUGUUGUAACAUUUCAAGAUAAAAAUGUGUAUGAAGAUAGAAGAGCUAUGUGGAAAACUUACACUUCUCUGCCUGGUCAGAAACUGGUACCAGCAGAACUCAGAGUAAACACACACAACUGGAAGCUUGAUGACAUGCAGCACCCAGCUGUCAAUGCUCGUAAGAUCUUGUUAAAGAAGAUAGAUACUGAAAUGAGGAAGGCUGGGCUUAUCAGAGAUCAUCCAAAGAUUAUACGUAGGAUAGCGCUCUCAGACAAAGUAGAGAAUUACAAGAGUCUGGAUAGAGCGGUGACUGAAAGUACUUUACUAGAAAAAGAAGGAAUCAUGCAGAAGAGAGCAGCUAGCAGAGUUUCCAUGGCAACACCUGAACCCACAGAUGAUGACAAAUUCUGAUCUUGUAAGAUCUCUAUGACAACACCACAAUCAAUAGAUUAUGACAAAUUCUGAUCUUGUAAGAUCUCUAUAACACCACAAUCAACAGAUGAUAACAAAUUCUGAUCUUGUAAGAUCUCUAUGACAACACCACAAUCAACAGAUGACGACAAAUUCUGAUCUUGUAAGAUCUCUAUGGCAACACCACAAUCAACAGAUGAUGACAAAUUCUGAUCUUGUAAGAUCUCUAUGGCAACACCACAAUCAACAGAUGAUGACAAAUUCUGAUCUUGUAAGAUCUCUAUGGCAACACCACAAUCAACAGAUGAUGACAAAUUCUGAUCUUGUAAGAUCCCUAUGGCAACACCACAUUCAACAGAUGAUGACAAAUUCUGAUCUUGUAAGAUCUCUAUGGCAACACCACAAUCAACAGAUGAUGACAAAUUCUGAUCUUGUAAGAUCUCUAUGGCAACACCACAAUCAACAGAUGAUAACAAAUUCUAAUCU